UUACCCUUUCAAGACCGCAACGACGCCCUUUUAUUGCAUUUCCUUUUGCAGCAACGAAAAACAAGAGAAAGGAUCAAAACCUUCUCAAAAAUCCAAUCUUUAAGAUCCACACAACACUUCUCAAUUUUCUCAUUCUAUUUUUCAAUUCAGAAAAAAUCACAAAUAAAAAAACCCUAAAAUUCAGAAAGGGGGGAAAAUGAUGGAAAAGAGAAACGCGAAGAUGUGGAUGGCGUUGAUGUGUUUGGUGUUUAUCUUCGUUGAUCGCAUUGAAUCGUUAUCUGUAACUGUGCAAGACGUUGAAUGUCUCUAUGAGUAUGUGCUUUACGAAGGGGACACCGUUUCGGGGAAUUUUGUUGUCGUUGACCAUGAUAUUUUCUGGAGUUCCGAUCACCCUGGCAUUGAUUUCACGGUAACAUCUCCUGGAGGUAAUGUUGUCCAAGAUAUCAAGGGGACAUCUGGAGACAAAUUUCAAUUUAAGGCCCCAGUACACGGAAUGUAUAAAUUUUGUUUUCAUAACCCAUACUCAACACCUGAGACUGUUUCUUUCUAUAUCCAUGUUGGUCAUAUUCCCUCUGAGCAUGACCUUGCCAAAGAUGAGCAUUUGGACCCAAUUAAUGUUAAAAUUGCUGAGCUUAGAGAGGCAUUGGAAUCUGUUACAGCUGAACAAAAGUACUUGAGAGCUCGAGAUGCAAGGCAUCGCCACACAAACGAGAGUACACAUAAGCGUGUUAUCUUCUACACUGUUGGAGAGUACCUUCUGUUGGCUGCUGUUAGUGCACUGCAAGUCAUAUACAUCAGACGCCUUUUCAGCAAGUCAGUGGCAUACAACCGUGUUUGAGUCCCCUCCAUCAUUAACCUUAUGCUUUCCUUCUUUUAGUUAAGUUAAAUUAAAGGGUUAGGGGUUUAUAGACUUGUUUCUCUGUGAAACAUUAUAAUUAUUAUUCUUGGUGAACAUUUUGUUGUUCUCUUUUCGUCUUUGACAUCAAUUAUGCUUUGAUACAACAAGAAUUUUUAUAUUCCUUGGUCUGAAUUCAGUGGAUUUUGACUGAAAAUUAAAUCGUGUGGGAGCAGUAUUACUUGAGCAAAA